AUGCCCCGGUAUCUGUUUUCUUCUGCGGUGCUGCCUAUCCUUUGCGUGUUGUUGAUAUGCUGCAGCAGUGGGGCCGCGGCCGAUGGUAAAAAGGAUGUUGUGGACCCAUUUCAAGGGACGACAAAAAUGGCUGGUGUUGAGUGGAAAGAGGCUGCUGGAGGUGUGACUUCCUUUCGUGCCCCCAGUCUUGUGGAGGUGGACGGUGAGGUGUUUGCCAUUGCUGGGGCUCAGGUUAAGGACGACUGCAAAUCUGGCUGUUUCACUGGUAUUGCGUCAAAACAGCUCAAGAAAGUUGCUGGUGUUACAGCGGUGGCGUUGGCGAUGGAUGCGAGUCCGUUUUACACACAGGUGCUAAAGGGAGGCGAGACGGACGCCGUAGAGAUCAAUGACACAGUGCGGCCAACAACACUUGUAAGUGGCAAAAACAUCUACAUGCUGCUUGGAAAAUACGACAGAAAAGCGUCUGCAGCCUCGGUUCCCAACGCAAAACACCGGGGGCUUUUUCUGGUGAGGGGGAAUGUCAGUGAAGACGGUGGAACAAGGAAAAUCCAAUGGUAUACGCCCCAUGCAGUGAAUACUGGGUCUAUGGGUCUUCGUCAAUCCUGGACGCAGUUAUCCGGUGGCGGAGGGACGGGCAUUGUGAUGGAGGAUGGCACGCUUGUGUUCCCCAUGCAGGCCACAAAUGAGAAUGGAGAGGACGUCUUGCUGUCCAUGCGUUUGGAACCGUCCAAGGACAAAUGGGAGGUUUCGUUGCGGACGAAGGAAGCGCACUGCAAAGAGCCAUCCAUCGUGGAGUGGGGAGGAGAUCAAAAACUUCUUAUGAUGACUCCAUGCAAGGAUGGCUAUUACGACGUGUACAGGGCUUUUGGGGCAGGCACAAGUUUGUACCCCGUGGGUGAGCCAAUUUCUCGCGUGUGGGGCACCUCACUGAAGCGUCAAGGGGAGGGCGCGCGAAGUGGCUUCAUCACUGCAACCAUCGAUGGAAUGAAGGUGAUGCUGCUCACCACGCCGGUGUAUUCGGAGGAGAAGGGAAAGGGCCGGCUACAUCUUUGGGUGACAGACAAUGCCCGUGUGCACGACGUUGGGCCGGUAUCCAGUGAAACUGAUGACGCCGCCGCCAGCUCCCUGCUGUACAGAGCCGAGAAGAAGGAGCUGAUUUUACUGUACGAGAAUAAGAAGAGCGGAGAUUCAUACAGUCUUGUCGCCAUGAACCUGACUGAGCAGCUGGAGCGGAUAAAGAGCGUGGUGAAAGCCUGGAAAGAUAUGGACGCCGCACUAAAAAGCUGCGCUUCCACUGGUACUGUUGACCCGCGGAUAAAGAAUGUGUGCAAAGGUGCUGUUCCCACCAAAGGGCUGGCUGGCUUUUGGUCCAACAGUUUGAAAGGGAAUUUAUGGAAGGACGAGUACCUCGGAGUGGACGCAACGGUGCAUGGUGGGAAUGUGGCAGGCACGGAGGGGGUUGUGAGGUUCCGAGGCGCAGGAGCGGGGGCGGAGUGGCCGGUGGGCAAACUGGGGCAGAACCAGCCGUACUACUUUGCGAACAACGAGUUCACUCUUGUGGCGACGGUGAUGAUUAACGCGGUGCCGGAGGCAGAGGGUCCUGUUCCUUUGAUGGGUGUGAGGAUGAACGACAAUGCCAGCACUGUGCUUUUGGGUCUGUCGUACACGAAGGACAAGAAGUGGGUAGUGACUGUCAACGGAAAGCCUCGGGCGUUAUCAGAAGAAGAUGGUACGUGGCAGCCUGGCACAACGCACCAGGUGGCACUUCAAAUGGAUUGGAAUGAGGUGUAUGUGUACGUUGACGGGAACAAUAUAUACGGCGGCGAUGAAGAUGAGGAGGACACCGUUUCUGACGAGUUGGGAGCACUGUUUGAGUCGCGCCGGAUCUCGCACUUCUACCUUGGCGGCGGCGUUACGGCGAAGGGCACAGCGACCAGCCACGAUAUGACGGUGGCCAGCGUCCUGCUGUACACCGAGGCAGUUGGCCGUGAUGAGAUGGCGAGUCUGAAAGCGAGCAAAGCCACUCUUGCAGAACUGGCUGCGGGGAAAGACACAGAGAAGGAGGUUGCCUCGGUGCCCACUGGCGUCGGCGUGCACACGGGUGGUCCAAGCGAAAAGGACAGUACUGAUAAUAAUUUGGUGCAUGGAGGGCAUUCACCGACGGAUCCGGGGGCUGGGAGUGCAUCUCUCCCUGCCAAGGAGCAGCCGGCAGCUUCGCCACCAUCUUCCGCACCCAAUCCCUCAGUAAAAGAAAAAGGAGAGCCACUGCAGGGAAAGGAGCAUGCACCAGCGGGGCAGAAGGACGCAGCACAAACAACGCCGCAACGACCGUCAGCGGUCGCCCCUGAGGCCCAUCACGGUGGGGAUGCUGCUGGAGGAUCUCAUGCAAACCAGACCUUGAACGGAGCGGGAGAGGGGGAAAAGAAGAAGGGAGAAGAGCCACGUGGCAAUGGUACGUCAGGGCCUCCGCUAGCCCCAGCAUCUCCAUCAGCGGACGUGAACUCACCCGCUGCACCGGGUAAACAUGAGCCGGCUGCCGCGGCGCCUCUCUCUGGAAACAGCUCUGCUAAUUUGAGCAACACUACUGGCGCGAAGCCCAACGGAGGAAAGAGCGACGGCACGGUGCGUGGGUGUGUGCCUCGGUUGUUGCUGAUUGCCCUGCUGGGGCUGUGCGGCGCGACGGUACUCUACUGA